GUCUUAACGCCUACUGGAUGACCUCCAAUAGAGCUCUGUUUGUUGUCUAAUUUUUGCUUGCUCUAAUCACUAUCAUUUGCUUUAAUAUUCUUUUUGUAUGCACAUGAAAAUUGUAUGUGUCGAGUCCUUUAAAAGUGUUCUUACAACUUUUCUGUUCACCUUAUAAUUUCUUCAUACACUUACAGCUCUCUACAGAGUGGAUCUGGCACUAUAUAAGUCACAUUCACUAUUAUUAGUCUCAGUAUUCUCUCACUGGUAUUCUCUUGAUAAUGCAUAUGAUGUACGCAUGUCUUACCCAUAAGCAGUGCUCUUCAUUGAAAAAUAAGAGUAAUACAAUAUUUCAAGAAAGUGAAGACUGUUGGAUUACCAUUUGUUGAUAAUUGUGUGCUUGACUCAAUCAUUUCCACAGGAGAAAGAAGACGAUCCCUAUGAAAUGCAAAUCUUUCAUUGACAUGUUUUUCCAUCUGGAAAUUCCUUCUCUCAGAACAACAAUGAAUAUCUUCAUAUUCCUACUACUAGUCACUGUUUAUGGAAGGGGCUGUAAUUCACAAUGUCAGGAUCCGUGUCACUGUGAGCAGCAGGGUGUGAAUUUUAGAAUGACAUGUACAGACCGCUAUCUAGAAGAUGUUCCAAAGGAUCUCCCAUGUCAUGUUGGUGUACUUAACUUGCGCAGGAACUUCAUCUCCACGCUAAACAGAGGGUCAUUCUCAUGCCAAAACAGGUUGAGGGAACUUCUUCUGUCCCAUAACCAUCUACACUACAUCGAGAAGCAAGUCUUUGAUAAUGCAGGAGAACUUAUGCUCAUAGAACUUCACUCUAACUUCCUUCAGAGCAUUCCAUAUCUUGGUUCGUUACCCAUCAUUCUACAAAUAUCUGUCAUGCAGAACUCUCUGACAGAGUGGCAUCAUCAAACACUUCAGAAUACAACACACCUUACAGAACUUGAACUGGCAUACAAUAAACUCACAAGUCUACCAAAAAUUCCAUUCAAAUUAUCAAUUUUGAAUUUGAAUGGAAAUGCUAUCAAUGACCUUCACACAAUGAUGUUGGCGUAUCCAAAUGCCAUAUCACAUCUGAACAUUAACUACAACAAUAUUGAAUAUUUGGAUAGACUGCAAACGAUGAAAAGCCUGAAGAUACUUACGCUUGAAUUCAACUACAUAAGACGCAUCAGUGACAAUGUAUUCUUAAGUGUCCCUUUGCUAGACACAAUCAAACUCGGGCACAACAACAUUGUAGACAUCUCUUCCUUCUGUAAUAUGAUGUACAUCAGGCACAUAUUUUUGGAAGAAAACAAUAUAAGAGUUGUGCAAAGACCUGCCUUUUCUAACAUUCCAAACAUAGAUACAAUCAAUUUAAAGGGCAAUGAAAUUAUUCAAUUAUCACAAUCUUUCUUUAGUACACCACAAAGUCUUCUCCUUCGAAAAAACAGCCUGACAAGAUUUGAAUUAUUUGAAGGAGGGAAUUACACAAAAUUAAGAAUUCUUAAUGUUGAUAGGAAUGACCUGCAAAAAAUUUCCAUCUCAUCCUUUCCUAACCUUUAUUUUCUAUGUGCUUCAUUCAAUAAAAUAAAAGAUGUUGACUUUGGCAUUGAUAGUCAUCACCUACAAUACAUUAAUUUGAAUUCUAAUCGAAUUAAGAACAUGAAAAAGUUUGGAAAUUUGCUAAACCUAAAGUGGCUGCAACUGUCUUCAAACUCUAUCACAUUUUUGGAUAACAAAACCCUGAUUUGCCUUCCUCAACUUCGUGAACUCGCGCUCGAUAAAAACAGAAUAUCAAUAUUAUCAAACCUUCCAACUUUUCCUGAACUUGUAAAUCUCCAAUUAUCAGAAAACAUAAUUCACACUAUAGAAAACUCAACAUUUGACUCUUCACCAAGACUAGCUGUAUUAAACCUGGCCAAAAAUAAAAUUUCUGAUCUUAGAUUCCUUCAUUCCAUUUAUUCACUUGAGAAGCUGUAUAUAAGCCAUAACAGACUCAGAACCAUCAACUCUCCAGACUUCUUGACUCUAAUCCAUCUCAGAACUUUGGACUUGUCAUUUAAUUUAUUCAUGGAGAUUAAUAUACGCAACUUGCAAUCCCUCCAAAGCCUUGAUAUCAGUCACAAUCUUUUAUAUCAUUUUAACUUGAAUCACCUCUUUGGUGACAGAACACUCGUUUAUAUCAAUGCAGAGGGCAACAGAAUCACUGAUGUUGUUUCUACUUCAGCUCUUCAUAUAAACGUUAAUAAUAAUGCCUUUGGAGCUUCAAAUUCAAGUGAGCUAUCAGGAACCAAUAUAUUUGCAUGCAACAACAACUUGACUGAUUUCAAAAACAUCAAAAUUUCUCCCAAUUUGGUGGGACUAUACCUGAAUAAGAAUCAUAUUGUCUCCAUACCAAAUUUCACUUUCACAUCAGCAUCCUCACUGAUAUUUCUAGAUUUGAACGAUAAUGACAUAGCUGAUAUAUAUCCUACAGCAUUCAUUGGUUUAAGAACAAUUUUCCAAUUGAAGCUGGAAAGGAAUCGCAUAACAUACCUUCGUUCUGGUCUUUUCUCAGACAUUCUGGAUUUGAAAUUUAUAUAUUUAGGUGAAAAUCCUUUAACACGCAUUUCAAAUCACCUGUUUUCAGAAGGUCAGGAUAUAGAGGGCAUAUUGUUUCCUUCUACACCCUUUUCAAACACAUCCUUGAGCAUAUUUCAAGAUACUCCAAAUUUACUCUACUUGGAACUCAAUGAAAAUUUGGCUUUUCGUGCGCACUUUGUGAGAAACACAAGUAAUAGUGUAGGAACCAUUUUGGAAUUCUCAGAUCUAUGGUUCUUAAAUCUCUCUUCUAUCAACCUUGGGGACCACUGUCAAAAUGUGUUAAUAAACACUGUAAACGUUCUUGAUUUGUCAAACAAUGCCAUUACUACCAUCCCAAAAUACUGUCUGCCAAGAAGUAACAAAGCAUACAGUCUCUAUCUGUCUCAAAAUAAACUAAAAUUGAUCUUAAUGGAUUCAUUUGACAAGCAUAAUCAAUUCUGGUUUCUAGAUUUAAGUUAUAACCUUAUACUGUUCUUUGAAUUUGGCUCAUUACGGCAUCAGACAUACUUGACUCAUCUUUACCUUCAAGGCAACCAACUUACAAAGCUUGAUCUCGGCUUACUGACCUUCACUUUGAAAAGCAUCCAAAUUGAAUUAGAAAAUAAUCCUUGGACAUGUAAUUGUGACCUCAUCAAAUCUAUUUUCGCUCUGAAACACACACUCACCCCCAUAAAAUGUGACAAACCUUUAGCUUAUGCCAACUAUUCAGUGGUUGAUCUUGCUGCCAAGAACAGCUUCACCUGCCGACCACUGCUGUGCUCUCAGCCCUACCAAACUCUUCUUUCAUUCCUUGGUGACAAAAUGGUUGAGUUACCUUGCCCAAUAAUAACAUCAAAUGACAUUUACUGGUCAGUCACAUUUCAAGGGGAACAACUAAACACUGUAAGAGACACCCUACCAGAAGCAAUUUCUAUCCUUCCCCAUAAUGCACUUCUAAUCAGUUACGUUACUAAGGAUAUGAUUGGUCUUUACACCUGUUGGAGUAAGAAUGAAGGUGGGCAAACAAAAUUCACUAUAGAUUUACUUGUAGAGGAAAUGGAAGAGAAUGUGGAAGACAGUUCUAAUACUAGUACUACAAUAUUAGCCAAAGAAUGGAAAGAUACACUUCAAUGUGGUACUAAUAAUAUUUUAACUUCAAGUAUGCCUACUUCAAAUGUUAUUAGUAAGUCAUGUCAUGUAUUGUUUGUAUCGAUGUUGGCAUUCAUUUACUGUAUUUAACACACAGAGUGCAAUUUGAAAUGUGUAUAGCUUAUCCCUUUGACUAUAAAUGAAAUCUGUUAUACCAUAGGCUUGUACUGCGAUAAAUGGUUUUCAGAAGGCAACAGAAACAGAUUAAAAUGUUGCUAAUAUCAGUUUGUUGAUUAUUAUGGUAGAUUUGUACAUAAUGCUUUUCUUUCUUUAUCACUGAUGUUAAUAAAGAUAUUGUGAGUGGUCUUUACACAUGAGAAUGAAGCUGGGAAAACAAAUUUACUAUAAACCUACAUGUAUGUACCAGCCAUUAAAGUAGAAGAAUGACGUAGUCACUGCAGAUAUUAGCAUAUCAGUUAAUAAAUUUUUAAUUCGACGAAUACAAAAUGUGGCAGCACAAUUAAUUUCACAGGUUUCCCUAGAUCAUCAAUCCUUCCCAACCACUCUUAAAUUUUAUACUACACUGGCUUCCUUUGAAUGUUCAACUUAGUCUAAUCUUGUUUGUCAAUAAAGCACUGAAAAAAAAGGCUCCAGAGUUUUUAAGUACAGUGUAACUGCCUGAUCCUGCCUGUAUAUGACAACUCGAGCACUCCGGUCGGCUGUUGACCCUCUUCGUCUCACUUGUUCAUUACUCAUACAUAAGUGAGCGAUUAGCUGUGUCUGCUUCAAAAUACUGGAACGAUUUGGCUCUUGCACUCUACUCAGUCUCCAUUAUGAGCAAUUUUCAGAAAAGCAUGAAAAAUCCAUCUUUUCAGUAGUUUGUAGUUUAAAGAUUAUAUAAUUCCAUUCAAUUAAUUAAUUGUAAGCUCUUUGCGCCUCAUGGGAAAAGCACAGUAUAACAAAAAUAAUACAAUUUACAUCUGAAGAAAAUUAAUGAAGUGAUAUCCUGUAAAGAUCAUAGCUCUCCAUUUUAAAAUGGGAUCUAGACUAUCUAACAGAGGGAAGAUCUCUGGCAAAAUUUUUGCUAGAGUUUUUUACAUGUAAAUGUGUAAAGGCCACCUGUUUGCGAUCCCAUUUCAGAAUAAAAUGUAGUAGAAUUUGAUGCUAAUAUUGAGACUUGGAAUAUCUUACUGUUCCAUUCACAUUUUCAGAAAAUGAGCAAACUGCAAUUUGCUCAAAAAUCGGAUCGCGAACAGUCUUAAGGUGUGCGGUGGCCUUAAUUUUCAAUGGCAAACUUUUGUUUGAGACAGUAUUAUUUUAUGACAAAAGUUUUAUGCAACAGGCCCUAGGUUUUCUUUAAUGUCUUGGUAGGCAUUUUAUUUUUUUUGUAAUUAUUUGAGCAAUCAACUUUUGGAGAUAUACAUGGUUUGUUGCCUAAGUAGAGAAAUAUAUAUUCAUAAUGUUGAUGAUUUUGUUGCGAAUAAUAAAACUUCAUCAUCUACACUUUCGUGUAAGACUCAAACUUUUUGUACAUUGUUUGUUUCAAUGCAAAAUAAGAUUAAUAAACCCAAUCUGAGCCCGGCGAAUACCCUCAACCUGCUGGGUUAUGUAGGCCUACAUGAUGUUAAUCUUCACUUUUCAACACGACUGACCGUCCACCCUGGCUUAAAGCGCAUACCCUACUGGGGGGGAAUCCAAAGUACAUACAUGUAUUCCAAUAAAUGAAGAUUGUUUCUUCAUAGUCUUUAUCGAUAUCAAUCUUUGAAAUGCGACUAUUAAAAAUAUGAAUAAGAGAUGACUAACAUUAUUCUUGACUUGCGCAAAAGUGAAAAAAAAAAGAUGGACGAUUAAACAAGCAGUCUGUAUCAAUUC